ACCUACCUCUUCCUGCUGUCCUUCGUCUGGUUCCCGAUGCCGCUGAUCGCCCAGCGCGGCGAGCGGAGGCUGCCGUUCGUGCAGCUGUCGUGGCUCGACACGAGCCAGCUCGCCGUCUACGCGGCCACCUACACCCUGCAGUGCGCCGGCACCUUCCUGCUCGCCUUCGCCACCGUCAGCGUCGACUGUUUCUUCGUGGCCAUCAUGGUCCACGUCUCCGUACAACUGAGAAUUCUAUCGUCCCGCAUAAACGCUUUGGGACUUCGCACUAACCUCGCCGGGUCGGCGAGGAACUUCGAAAGAGACGUGAGUGGGGAGGCGUCGGAUAUUCAGCGAGACAUGUACACAGAGCUUCGCUUGUGUAUUCAGUAUCACCAAGAUAUCUUAAGGUUCGUGCGGUACCUGGACAGCGUGAUGAGUCCGCUGGCCAUGACACAGUUCAUCUCCGGCGUGCUGCUGGCCUGCGUCGCUCUGUUCCAGGCCACACUUAGCCCGGACGUCAGCGCUGUGUUCCGGUGUGCGGCGGCGCUGCCGACGCCCACGAUGCAGAUCUACCUCUACUGCUGGGGCGCCGAGGACGUCGUGCAGCAGGGCGAGGCGGUGUCGCUGGCGGCGUACAGCUGCGGCUGGCACGAGGCGGGUGGCCGGUUCCGGCGUGCGCUACGCAUCCUCAUGAGCCGCGCCCAGAAGCCAAUCCUGCUCACCGCGGGCAGGGUCUACGUCAUCAACAAGGCCACCUUCAUCUCGCUGAUGAACGCCGCGUAUUCGUACUACGCACUGCUUAGGCAGUUGAACAGCCGCUGAAGACGGGGAACAAGUCGUGAUCAUUUCCGUAGCACAAGAAAUUCACGUAGGUGUUACCAACUAUUGGAUGCGCGUUACACGAAAUAUAUUUCUGUGGUAGACAGAAUGAACUAGUGUCAGAUUUAUUGAGAUUUUUGCCGAUGCUUGUCAGAAGAUGAUCAUUAACACAAGGACGAAGAAAAAAAUAGACAUUAUACAGGGUGACUUUUUCCACCGUGUAAAAACUCUAGGGAUUGAUCGAUGAGAGGAUACGGAACAAAAAAGGUCUAAUGAAUGUCCGGAAGUGCAUUGUUUCCGAGCUAGAGACCAUUCAUUCAGUCAUACAUUGUUACAGACAUUGCGGUCCAAUACGCGCUGUACCAUGCAGCCACAGUUACAGUAUGUGUUGAAAAUGGUUUCCAUGUGCCUCAA